UGCCGCAAGAACCCACCUAGCUGCGCGUCCCUGACUGAUUGGUCCGACAAAAGCUGGUUAUAAAUGUACGGCGCCACGCGUCACUCCAGGUUUGCCACACCGACGCCGACACAGGUCAGCAUCGUGUGCGGGCGAUGCAAGGAGUUGGAGCCCAAGCCCAACAACCCGUCAAGGCUGUGUCGGUGCCAGGCAUGCGAGGCCCGGAAACACGGCGAUGGCACCGAAACCGCGUCAUGGCAAAGGCGCAGCUCGCUGCUGGCCUCUCUGCACUCCUCGCCUCAGAGGAAGCUAGCUCAAAGAGUUGCAUCAUCCUCCUGCCCGACGGAUUGCAAGCAUGUCUGGAGUAGCGACCCGAUCACGCAAUGCGCGCCAGUGGCGGGAUUCCAGCUGCGAGACUGCAUGCAACAGCGCCACAUCCCAAGCCCAUGGCUCUGGCGUGAGCUACAGCCAGCAGCGCCGCACACGCGGCGCGUGCAGCGUAGAGCGCGUGAGUUGGGGCGAACUAGAGCCCGCGAGAGAGGUGUCGAGGCAUGGCGUUUCUCUGGGAGGCGCCUGCGAGCUUCCGCCGAGCUUGAUCACCACUCAAGCCACUUGAGACCCUCGAGCCUCAUGCCUGGAGUGCGUCGAAGGCAUGCGGUCUUGCUGUGGCUCAUCGUCCGAGGCUUAGCUCUGAGCACGGCAAGUCAAAGAUCGCAGCAGAAAGACGCCCUUGAAGCGCUUGUACUUUGCAAAUCCAAGUGGGUGUGGUUGGUACGCAACGCGCUUGAGAUUGAUGCACGUCGGCUUGGCUAGGUCUUCGCUUAUCAUUGCAAACGUUCGCAUUCACGAGCUAUCGCGCAGUGUUGCUCAGAUUCAAAGUGUGCUGACAGCCAUUUCUUCUCACUACGUUUGCAAUGUUUGAGCUCAAGUUUGCGUGCGCCUGAGUUUGUUCAGCAAACAGACGCUCACGGUGCUUGAGGUAGGCGCAUGCCGAUGCGGCCUUCGGCUUUGCCAGGUCCCCCCUCGCCACUGCAAACGUCCAAAUUCAUGCGCUAGGACGGUUCGCUCGGAUGCAAGCAAAGUGCGCCGAACUCAAAGUGAGCAGCGCAAGCGCGGAGGAUCGCCAUUUCUCCUCGCUACCUUUUGUAAUACUUGAGAACAAACGCCCGGCGCAGAGAAAGGACCGACCUUUUUGCGGGCAGGAGGGUCCCCGGCCUGCCGGUGACCGACCGACAGUCUCUGGCCGAGCGGGCCUUGCAUUCCAAAGCCAUCCGACUGAAGGCAGCUGCAAACAAAAGGCGACUUGCUAUCCAAUGCCUUCGGAGGGUCAGCAUCCGAUUCGCACCAGAUGUGUUGGCUUGUCGGCUCAGAGCCAGGCGCUUUUGCGCGCUUCCCUGGCAAGCAACGGUAGCAUGGGGUCCCGGCCUAUGGCCUCGAUGCUACACUUCGCGCACGAGUUGCAGACGAGUUGCAUUUACCCCUCCAAACCUUCAGCUUCGGAGUCAGCGCCUGGCUGGAAGGCGAAUGACUACGAGAAUGUGGGCCGAAGGUGGCCACCGACACGCCAGGGCCAGCGCGCUUUCAGCUCAAAGUGGCUGGAACGGACCCCUCUGGCUGCCACUUGAUAGGGCCCGGAAGGUCUGGCCCAAUGUCCCUUUCAAACACUGACACGCCAUGAGGGAAGCUUAUCAACUCAGAUCCAGCUGAUUCAGUCCCCCGCCAGCUCCAAGCAUGCCAACGCAGCAGCAGUCUUGGCGCCAAGCCUGCCAAUUGGGGUAGUUAAUGAAACCGGCGCCCCCCAUUCCAAUUGUCUGCCGUCAAAGCCAAGCUGAACGAACUGUCUUUCACGGCCCUUCGCCCAUUUCUGCAGAAUAUCCGAACACGAGCGUCCAUGCGCAUGCAUCGCGUGCAUUCCCAAACCGGCCUCAAGGCGUCAGUCCACUUUCAGCCCGCGGGCCCGCAGGCACAGAGAUGGACUUGUCUCCUUUCCUAGGCAUGCAGAACCAAAUGGUUACAGCCAACAUGCGCCACAGCUCAUUUUCCUGGAAAUCUGUUUGCGAAGCUCACGCUAAGAUGUGCCGCGCGGCAUUCCGCGGAAGGAUCCACCUGAUAAAAACCCCGAACCGAGCGUCUGGCGCGAAGGCCUGCGUUCAACAGCGUUGACCGAGGGUCGAUUCCACGCAGCGCAAAAAAGAGGAUGUGACAAGUGCGGCACACAAACCUGAAUUAGGAAUCAAAGCUUGCGGGCAUGGUGUGACGUAGCCAGACUACGGCAGGAAGAGCAGCUGGCGAAUCAAGCAAGCAGCGAAGACAAGUGCGCACCAAGACAUUUGCCAAGACUUCGGAUCUCCAGGAGCAUGGUUGCCAGCAGGCAAACUCGCAGACUCGGACUGAUAAAAGACGUCCAGAUGAAAGCAAACAAGGCCCCAGCAUGAAGCCGAAAUCGAGGGCCUCACGUCAGAAUGCCACGGGAAGCAUCAUGCCGCGCCAUGGCAUGUUGGCCAUUUUCGGCAUCACCCGAGCUGGCCUAAGCACCUGCAGUCGGACCAGUUGCUGCGACAGGACAGGGCUAGCAAGCAGCCUGUCAAGCAAGCAGCGCAGACACGUGCGCAUCAAUACAUUCACACAAGCCUUCGACUUUCUGGCAGCGCGUGUGGCAAGUUGCAGACAAAGACAUUGACAAGAGACGCCUAGGUAAAAACAGGCCCGGCCCCGUGCAACACCAAGCCACCGUCAAGAGCCUCAUGUCAGAAUGCGACACGUGGCAUUACUGUGCCACGCGACGUGCGUCCCCUCGUUGCCACUACCAAAGCUGGCUGAAGCGUCCGCUGGCAUGCUACAGCUAGGGACAGCAGGCGGUGUGUCAGUCAAGCAGCAGAGACAAGUCCGCAUCAAGACAUUCGCGCCAACCAUUCCACAAUGUUUGGCAGCAUGCAAACGAAGAAGCUGACGAGCGACGCUCAAGUGAAAGCAGAAAAAAGCCCAUGCAACACCAAGCCGGCAUCAAGGGCCUCAUGUUAGAACACCGCGCAAGGCAUCACUUUCUGCCAUGCCUGGAAAUGCCGCAGUCGGACCAACUGCUGAGACAAACAGGGUCGGCAAGCGGCGUGUCAAGCAAGGAGCACCAAGUGUGCCUCAAAGUAUUCACGAAGCCUUCGUCUUCCUGGCAGCAACUUUAAAACAAGGCCCUAUGCAACGGCCACAUUCAGAACAUGUCAGAUCGCAGCGCUGGACAGCCCGUGUCAUGCCAUGUUUGUCAUGUUCUGCACUUCCCAAGCUGCAUCCGGACUAUAUCCGGACUAACUACUGCAACAGACGGGGUCAACAAGCGGCAUGUUAACUGAGCAGCGCGAACAAGUGAGUCUCAAGACAUUUGAAGAAGCCUUCAGCUUUCUGGCAGCAUGUUUGGCAAAGGGCGAACAAACAAACUGCAAGACGCCCAGGUAAAAGCAGACGAGGCCGCACGCAACAGCAGGCCUGCAUUGAAGCUACGCAAGGCAUCGGCUCUAUGCCAUGUCUGUCAUGUUCUGCACUUCCCAAGUUGCAUCCGGACUAUACCCGGACUAGCUACUGCAACAGACGGGGUCAACAAGCGGCAUGUUAACUGAGCAGCGCGAACAAGUGAGUCUCAAGACAUUUGAAGAAGCCUUCAGCUUUCUGGCAGCAUGUUUGGCAAAGGGCGAACAAACAAACUGCAAGACGCCCAGGUAAAAGCAGACGAGGCCGCACGCAACAGCAGGCCUGCAUUGAAGCUACGCAAGGCAUCGGCUCUAUGCCAUGUUUGUCAUGUUCUGCACUUCCCAAGCUGCAUCCGGACUAUAUCCGGACUAACUACUGCAACAGACGGGGUCAACAAGCGGCAUGUCAACUGAGCAGCAUGGACAAGUGUGCCUCAAGACAUUCGCAGAAGCCUUCAGCUUUCCGGCACCUUGCAAACAAACUCAUGUAAGACGCCCAGGUAAAAGCACACGAGGCCGCACGCACCUUCAAGCCGACAUCAAUGGCCUCAUAUCAGAUUGCCACGCAAGGCUUCAGUCUGCGCCACACCACGUUUGUGGAACUGGGCAUCUGGCAUUCUUCAGUCGGACCAACCGGUGUCACAAACAGGGUCAGCAUGCGGCGUGUUAAGCAAGCAACGGGAGCAAGUGUCUCCACACAAGCCUUCAACCACCUAGACUUGAUAAAGCACACAUGAGCUCUUCAAGAGGCGCUUUGAAAGACGGCAGCAAGGCCAAGAUUCAAUCGCGCCUGUGAAAUUCUACUCUGCCCAAAGCUCCAAACCAUGCGCUGCUGAGCAUGUGGAAGGUCAGUCCUGGCAAGGUUCAGCUUGCGAGGUGAGACACUUGAGUCAUAAUCAAAACUUUGUACCAAAAUGGUUGGGCACUUUGACGUGCCAAAGGCUGCCUUCCAAGUCACAAGUGCCGCAGCUUCUGUUUCCAGCCACAUGUCCCAAUGAGACCCGGCUGGUCGGAUGAAAACUGGCCAAUCGACGAAUCCAAGUCACAAGUUGUGAUGGUGGCGCAGGCCCUGCCCACAUGUCCCAAUGGGACCCGGCUGGUCGGAUGAAAACUGGUCAACCGGCGAAUCCAAUGCAAAAUGUGAGGCUAAGCACUGCGGCGCCAUCAAACCUGUAGCCUGUGCCGUAGGCUUGUCUGAACGCCCGCAUUUUUAUGGGGUCCUGCUGCAGCAGAUUACAGGUGUUGCUUCCCAAAGCUACCAAAUACCUUCACCCAACAUCACAACUGGAGCUGGUAGUAUCUGCCCCAGGCCAGGCCUUCCUGGAUGUUCAAGGGCUGGCUUGUCGCAAUCUGCCAUUAGCCCGUGCAAAGUGAGAAAGCCUCCUAAACUCACAGUGCCUGGGCGUUUUUCGGAACA